AUGAUAGCGUAUAACGUAGCACCUACACCUUUACAGCUAAUCGCCAAGGCUCUUCACUCCAUUGAUGUAUUACACCCAUUCUCGGGAUACUACUAA